AUGAGGAACAGAGAGGAACUGCUCUCGGGGCUAGCGGUGGCUCUGAUCCUUCUCUGCGUCUCGGGGAUGAGAGCAGAAACCGCUCAGUACUCGGUGCCCGAAGAGGCGGAGAGAGGCUCUUUUGUGGCGAAUAUCGCUAAGGAUCUGGGACUAACCGGUGAGGAAUUAUUGGUUCGUCAGGCUCGACUCGUUCCUGAAGGAGAAAAGCAGUAUUUUCAGCUGAAUCAUCACACCGGGGAUUUGGUGGUGAAAGAGCAAAUGGACCGGGAAGAGCUGUGCGGACAGAGCGAGCCUUGCUUGGUGCGUUUCGAGGUGCUGYUGGAGAACCCAUUGCAAUCCUUCCGAGCUGAGGUAAGACUCACUGACAUAAAUGAUCAUGCUCCUGUGUUCCUAAAUAAAGAGAUCGCUUUAAAAAUCUCGGAAUCGACAAUGCCGGGGACUCGGUUUUUGUUGGAAAGCGCUCAGGAUCCAGAUGUGGGGAACAAUAGUCUUCAGCAUUAUAGCAUCAGCUCAAACGAGUAUUUCCUUGUCUACACCCGGCAGCGGAGUGAUGGCAGGAGAUAUGCCGAGCUGGUGUUGGAUCGAGCUCUGGACCGGGAGCAGCAGGMAGAAAUCGCUUUCAGCAUCACGGCUGUGGAUGGUGGGACUCCACCRCGCUCUGGUACAGCCUUAAUCCGCGUCCUGGUCCUGGAUAUAAAUGACAACAUCCCGGUAUUUACUCGGAGUCUGUAUAAAGUCUCCGUAAUGGAAAAUARCUCACAGGAUACCAUAGUGGUGGUAGUGUCUGCUAGCGAUUUAGACUCAGGCACUAACGGAGAAAUAAGCUAUUCCAUAGUUCAAAAUUCAGAGGAAAAUUUCGAGACGUUUAAAAUAAAUGCAGAGACGGGUCAGAUCCGACUUAAAAAGCCUUUGGAUUAUGAAGAAACAAAGACCUACGAGAUAGACAUCCAGGCCUCAGACGGAGGGGGCCUGUCCGCGCAUUGCAAGGUGGAGGUGCAGGUGAAGGACGUGAACGAUAAUGCCCCCGAGGUGAUCAUCACCUCUCUCACUAGCACCCUCUCCGAAGCCGCCCCGCCCAGCACGGUGGUUGCCCUCUUCAACGUGCGGGACCGGGACUCGGGGGACAAUGGCAGGACGACCUGCGAGCUGAUAGGCGAGCAGCCCUUCAGGAUCACGUUGCUGGCAGCAGACGCGUACGCACUGGUGACAUCAGAGACACUGGACCGAGAGCAGGUGGCAGAGUACAACGUAACAGUGCGAGCCCGUGACGAGGGCUCCCCCGCCCUGUCGGCGUCCAAGGCUCUGUUCCUGCGGCUCUUGGAUGUGAACGACAAUGCACCCACCUUCACCCAGGCCAUUUACACCAUGAUGAUGAGUGAAAACGAGCCCGCGGGGAGGAGUUUGGGCCGCCUCAGUGCUACGGACCCUGAYGCGGGAGAAAACGCCCGCGUGAGAUACGCGCUAGUGCCUCCCCCGCCAGGCACCCUCGCCGUGAAAUCAUUAGUGUCAGUGGACGCAGAGAGUGGAACCGUCCGGAUAGACGACUUCUCCGAUGCCUUUCACCAGCUUGACCAAGAUCCCGCGAGCGGACAGCAGCCGAAGGUGGCAGAGGAGGAAAUUAUCACCACUUAUCUCAUCGCCUCCCUGGGCUGCGUCUCCUCCCUUUUCCUSUUGUCCAUCCUCGUCUUGACGGCGAACACGCUCUGCAAACCUCGAGUCCGGGCAGAGCUUUCUCCUCCCUCUCCCAGCUGCUACGCGGACGGAGACUUCGCCAGCGACGGCGUGGGCGGCACAGGCACUCUGUCUCCGCCUUUCCGCUACGAGAUGUUCCUGACCAGCGGCUCGGGGAGGAGCGAAUUCCAGUUCCUGAGGCCCGUCCUGCCCCGCCAGCAUAGCAACGCUGAGGCGGGGCUGGAUAAGGACGAAGAACCCCUAUACGACUCGCAGCCCGCCUGCGACGGGGAAGCGCAUGCGGAGAGCACAGCCACUCCUCCCCUUUAGCCGCCAGACUGCCCAGU